ACGAUUGCCAACGACAUGACAAGCGUGCAUGACGGUCAACGUUGUAUAUAAAAUAUUUUGUAAAAUUCGCGCCAACAUAAUGCCCAUAAGAUUUAGAAACUAGCAAUGGCACUGGCAAAGAAAGGGCAAGUUUACAGCGUCGGCAAUUAUUUGAUGACGGGAAAAGUUUUCGGGAAAGGCCACUUUGCAAAGGUAGAAGAAGCCACCCAUAGGAUUAUCGGCAAAAAGGUGGCGAUUAAAGUAAUAGACUUGACCUGCAUCAAAGAGGACUAUGCAAGACGCAACUUACACCGUGAGCCCCGGGUGAUGGCAAAGUUGCGGCAUCCCUGCAUAGCUGCCCUUUACGAGACUAUGAUGCACGGGCCACGACUUUAUGUGGUGAUGGAGGCGGCGGCAGGCGGUGAUCUUUGUUCCUAUGUCCUCGCUGCCCGAGGAUCAGCACGUGGCCUACCUGAAUCUCGAGCAAAAGCGUUAGCCGCUCAGUUGGUUUCAGCUGUACGUCACAUGCACUCAAGAGGGGUCGUGCAUCGAGAUCUGAAGAUGGAGAACAUAAUGUUAGAUAGUACUAAGCAGUUUAUAAAAAUUGUUGAUUUCGGGCUUUCCAAUGUAUGGAGUGCGGGUGGAGCACUACGUACGCCAUGCGGAUCACUUGAGUACGCUGCGCCUGAGUUGUUUGUGGAUGGGCGGAAAUAUGGACCCGAAGUUGAUUUGUGGAGCAUUGGUGUGAUAGUUUAUGGAAUGGUGACUGGAGGUCUGCCAUUCGCGUGCUUAGAAGGAAGCAAACAGGCGACAGAAGGUCACUCUAGACCACAACUAAGGGCUGCUAUAGCCAGAGGGUUUACCAGGAAACAGAGGAAUGCGCUUGCGUGUGUGUCUACAGAAUGCAAGAUGUUCAUACAACAACUACUUGAGCCCAAAGUAGAGCUUCGUAUGAAGAUUGAAGAGGCCGCGCGGCACAGAUGGGUGAAGCGGCCUGGCAUGCGAAUGAAAACGCACCCUUUACCUCCGCCCGAUUCCAAAGUUAAUAGAGAGAUAUACAGACAAAUCGCCGAACUUAGCGCGCAGAACUUUCUGGACAUCGUCGCUCAGAUUAAGGCUGAACCAUUUGGUUCAAUCGCUGGGUUGUACAAUAUAAAGACGCAUUUACAUCAAAUGCAGGCCGCCUCCGGGCUUGAUCUCCUUUGGUCUUCCAACACAACGGAACCACGUCCUUCAUCACCGCCAGAAUAUCGCGCCAAAUACGAGCUUAAGGAACCAAGUUUUUCUACACUGUCUCUGCACUCACAGGUGGUGUCAAAUUUGCAGAAAUUCCGUCAAGUUCCAAAAGCAACUCCGAAGCCGGGAAAUUCAACAGCCGAGGCCGUAGAGAAGAUCAGCGACGAGAUUAAGAGCAAAGCGAAGCAGUUGAGCUAUUAUUCAAUGCGGAGACCAGUCUUUAAAGUGUACGAAAACGGCGAUGGCUUGGACAAUCGUCUACCGAGCAUUAAGGAGUAUUCGAACCCAGAUGUGAACGAAAAGAAAGUAAAGCUUAAACCCCCCGUGAAGAAGACGCAGCUAGAGGAACCAUUAAGGCUCAGCAGUUGUCCAAACAAAGCUAGCGAUGUGAAGAGAAGCGAUUUCUGCAGACGUGGCGGAGAUGGGUUACCGAGCUGGCGUACAAGUGGUGUAUCAAGAACGCAAGCGCCCCGAAUAUUACUACAAAGUAAUGCGACUACAAUCAAAAGAGCGUCAUUGGGAAACAUUGUGAGCCCGCACUCAUCUUCCAACAAUAGUCACUGCAAGAGCGAAAGAGCUAUGCCUGUCGGCUGGUAUUCGCGGCCCUUAGCGAAGGACACACAACGUCUACGCCGCACCGCGCCUAUUAAAUAAUUUUUAGAUAGACUUUUCGAUGUACUUAUUUUGUAAGAUUUUAUUUAAAUCUUUCAAAUCAAUAUUUUACGAUUUUUGUAUGAUAAAUAUAGAAGUUUAAACUAGGAUUAUGCAUUCUGGACUUCGUUUCGGUGAUUCAGACGAGAAUUAGCGCGAACCCACUAAAUUUUAGCACACACAAGUAGUUGUAAGAUUCAUAGACUAAAGCGGAGUUGAAUGUUUACAUACGGGAACCAUUAUUCGCGCUAACUGUCGUCUCUGGUUAUUCAUAAAAGUAUUAUAAACCUUAACAGCUAUUAGAUAUUUCUUGAAAAUAAAAAUGAAAGAAACAAGUCAUAUAGUACUUUCAUGAAUAAAAUCGUUAAUACAACAAAAUUUAUACAAGCAAUACAUUAAUACCGAGAGAAAAUUGCGAAAUUAUAAUCGUAUCUAAAUAA